UUGAGAGUUUCUUUUUUUAAAGAUUUAUCUACAUAAGUAGUUAAAGUAAUUUAAGAAAAAGAAAUGUCUGAUCAAACCCCAAAAUUUACUAUAGAAUUAAUAAAAGAAGAGGACCAAAAAGAAGUUUACGAAGUUCUCAAAGAAUUUUUCUUAAAGGAUGAACCUAAUUGUAAAAAAAUGGGAAUUACUCAUUGUGACGAUGCAGAAAAAUAUUUAACGAAAAAUCUGGGAGAUAAUUGUUCUUUUAAAGCGGUCGAUGAAAAUGGGAAAAUCAUAGGCGUUGUUUCAAAUGGAAUCGGAAGGAAACCUUCACCAGACUCUCCCAAAAAAUCUGCUGUUGAAUUAGCAACUGAUGAUAGGUGGCGAAAAAUUUGUAUGCUUAUAGAUAAUAUCAAUGAACAUUAUGAUAUUUUUCAACAAUAUCCUGAUUCGGAAACAUUUCUUGAUGGGAAAGCAAUAGCUGUUAACCCGAACUAUCGCGGCUUAGGAAUAGCUGGAGAAUUAAUAAAAAGAACAAUUCAAUAUAUGAAAGAAAAUAAUAUUCAAGCAAUGAUGAGAACAUGUUCAAGUGCAUUUUCUGCCAGAGUUAUGGAAAAACUCAAUAUGAAAGAAGUUUAUAGAAUUAAUUACAAAGAUUUUAUUGUUAAUAAUGAACAAAUUUUAAAUCCAGAUAGUCCACAUGUUGCUUGUAGAGUUUUUGUAUUUGAUAUAAAAAAUUUAAAUUGAUUAUACAAAAACGUGGGCUAAUAUGUAUAUGUACAUAUGUAUGUACGUACAUUUAGAGGUACAUUACACAUAUUCUUCAAUAUAUACGGCUUUGUACAUAUGCUUAUAUGCAAAUUAUUA